UUGGGUCUCCAUACAACUCAUGCCACAUUUCCACUACUCUCUUUUUAUUGCAAAUCUUAGAUCUACCGCAACCCUUUUCUCUCAUAAGACAAACAACAAAAACUUUCAAUUGAAUAAAAAGGGCUUAUAGAAAACCAAAGGGCCAAAAAAGAAGGUCAAGAAUUGACAAUAGAGAAAGGACCCUAUACCCCUGUACUUCCAAUAAGGAUUAUCCAAGAAUGUUGAUGGGUCGGGUCAGAAAAUAUUAAGAAUACCCGAAAAAGUAUGGAACAAUGACCUUUGGUUUAAUCCUCAAUGUGGGUUGAAUCUUUUUUUCAAGAUUGAUAAAGAAAAUAGUAACUUUGAAACUGUUAAUAGAAGUUGGGAAAACAGGUGAUUUUUCCUAAAUUUACUUUGUUGUGAGGGAAAGAAGUGUGUAUUUAAGGUUUCCAAAAGUGGGUUUUUGGGUUUUGUUGUUAUAACAAUGUGGUUUGGACUGCAGAGGCGGAUUCAGGAUUUGAACUUUUUGGGUUCUGGAUUUUAGGACACGACUUCUAGUGCUAGUAAUGGGGUUCUGAAUUUUGAUUUUUGUACGUAUGUAGUGAUACUUUUAACACAUUUAAGAUUUAGACCAAAGCUAUUGGGUUCUGCUAAACCCGCACGUUAUACAACGGAAAGAGUGCAAGAAGUGUAUGACUCAAAGGAUAAACUUAACAAGUGGUGAAAAGCGUCUUUGGUUGAUCAGAGCGAGUGAACUGUGCUUAGUCAAUAAAGCAAAGAGUGAACUUGAGAAGGUGUUGUUGGUGUUUGGGUGGGGUUAAGAUGGAGCUUGAGCUGGAUUUGAGGGAGAUUUUAAUGAAAAUAUCAGAUGAAAAGAACAAAGAUGAUGAAUAUGCAAACGUUGAUUCAGAAAAGAGUGAGUUUGCUACUGCAGUUGAUGAACAGUUGUUCAAUGGUACUGAGGCUGAUGAUUUUGUUUUCAUUAAUAGACACUCUAAGAAAUUUGAUGGUAAGAUAAGUCCGGACCUCAAUGAAUGUAUCGUGAAGGAUGAUCACAAUGACAAACAUUUGACGUCAAGUUUGGUUAGGGAAGAUGAGAAUAAUAGAAAGAGGAAACGAGAGUCUUACACAGACUUGCUGACGUGGCUUACUAAUGUUGCGAUAGAUCCUUGUGAUCCUGCCAUUGGGUCGUUGCCAGAAAGGUCUAAGUGGAAGUUUUACGGGAAUGAUGUAAUGUGGAAGCAGGUUCUGGCGCUACGAGAUGAAAUGCUUUUGAAAAAGAGCGCAGAUACAAGUGCUCAAUGCUCGAUAUGGGAGAUAAAACAGAAGAUGCAUCCAUCUAUGUAUGACGAUAAUGCUUCUCUUGAGAGAGUUAGAUGCAGCAAGCGAGUCCUACUCACUAAAAAUCCAUUGAAGAAGGCACCUUUUUCAGCAUUAUCAUCCUCAAGUUCUCCAAGUGAUGAGGAUCCGAUUGAUGGAGCCGCUGAUUCUUCUGCAGAGUCAGGAAUUGGUCUUUUGUGGAACCAGCGUCGAAAACGAAUACCAGUUGGUCCACAGUUCCAAGCAGAUAUUCCUGAAUGGAAACAGGAGAAAUGUGAAAGUGAAAGUGACUCCAAGUGGUUGGGUACCCGAAUCUGGCCACUUGACAAACAAGAACAAAAAAGAAUGUUAAUCGAAAGAGAUCCUAUAGGAAAGGGAAGGCAAGAUACAUGUGGCUGCCAAUACCCUACUUCUUAUGAAUGCAUCAACUUUCAUCUUUCCGAGAAACGGAAGAAGGUUAAACUUGAGUUGGGAUCAGCCUUUUAUCGGUGGAAAUUUGAUUCGAUGGGUGAAGAAGGUGCUCUUUCUUGGACAAAUGAAGAAGAAAAGAAAUUCCAGGAUAUAGCGACAAUGAACCCUUUGUCGACGGACAAGAGUUUUUGGAAUGAAAUAUUCAAGUUAUUUCCUAACAGAAGCAGGGAAUCCUUGGUGAGCUACCACUUUAAUGUCUUUCUUUUACGGCAAAGAGGCCAUCAGAAUCGGACUACUGCAAGUAAUAUCGACAGCGAUGAUGAUGAACCACAGUAUGGACCUAGAACUAAUUGUUUCGGAAGGGAUUCUACAUUCUCCAUCUUUUGUUCCCCGAAGAAAGCACAUCUAGAUCCUAGAUAGUAAUUGAAUGUUUAUAUACCACGUUGCUGUUCAGAAAUGUAGAUUGCAGGUUUUUUAAAGUCAGUUGCAAAGUGCAGAUAUACAUGAUACCAUCUGAAAAUUGUAUAUUUUGAGUUGGUGGAUUUUUUGGUUACAAGAAAUGUUGAAGGAUAUCAUUCUUCUUACCCUUUUUGGCAUACACAGUUUACUUUCCCUACUUUGUCAUUGUUCAAAUCACUGAUCAAGAAUGUUACUAAUGUGAUGAUUUGCUCUA